AUGUCAUCGGGCUUCGUAUCAGGCGGAACCAGCGACCAGCCGAUCGCACGCGACGAUGAAUGGCUCCGCGCACAACAGGAAUUGGAGGAGGAGCGGAGACGGAAAGCCGAGAUAGGCAAACAGGAUGACGGGAAAAGUCUCUUUGAAGUGCUGGAGCGGAACAAAAUGGCCAAGCAAGAAGCCUUCGAAGAGAAAUCGCGUCUCAAGAACCAAUUCCGAUCGCUGGACGAUGACGAAGUCGACUUUUUGGAUUCGGUGCUAGAAUCUACACGCGCCAAGGAAGCGGCUGUUAAGAAGGAUACAGCCGAGCAGCUGGAGGCGUUUCGCCGACAGCGCGAAAAGGCGGAGAAAGUGCUGCGGGAGCCAUCAGAGGUGGUGGAGGAGGGACAAGGCGAGGAUUGGACCGCACCGCGGAAAAGAAGGCGCGAAAAGCAAAAUACCCUCUUCCCCAAGAAGCACAAGGCGUCUACACCCCCCACCGGAAAAGAUACAAAUAAAGAAGGAGAUGGCACAAAGACCGACCGGAAGACAUCCACGUCGAGUCAGGCGGAUUCCAAGCCAUCUGGCGCACUGCCAGCUCCGGCGACAAGUACCGAGAAGAAACCAGAGGCCAAACCCACGCCAAAGCCUCUUGUUUCGCUUGGAUUAGGGGACUAUGGCUCCGACUCAGAUUAA